AUGGUUUCCAAAAUUGCAGUUAUUGGUGCUAAUGGGAAAGUUGCCACUCAAUUAGUUCAAAAAUUGGCAAAUCUUAAAACAGAAUUUGAAACUAUAGCCUUCAUCAGAGAUUCUUCACAAGGUUCAAAAUUUGAUCAAUUAGGUAUUAAAUAUUCAACAAAGAUUGAUAUAAUUGAAUCAAAUUUAGAAAAAAUUGCCAAUACUCUUAAAGGUUUUGAUGCUGUUGUCUUUAGUGCAGGAGCUGGUGGGAAAGGACUUGAUAAAACAUUUGCAGUGGAUUUAGAUGGUGCCGUUAAAGUUAGUGAAGCUGUUAAAUUAGCUAAAGUUAAAAGAUUUUUAUUAGUUAGCGCUUUAAAAUCUCAAGAUCGUGAGUUUUGGUGGAAUACACCUUUAAGAUCUUAUUUUAUUGCUAAGAAAUAUGCGGAUGAAAUUAUUUCAAGAGAUGAGGAUUUGAAUUGGACAAUUUUACAACCUGGUCAUUUAAAAGAUGAAAAUGAUACUGGUAAAAUUGAAGAUCCUUUAAGAGUUAAUUCUAUUGCUAAUAAAAUUAGUAAAGAAAAUCAUGAUAUUUCUAUACCAAGAUCUGAUGUUGCACAAGCUAUUAUUGAAUCUUUAAGAAAUGAAUCAACUAUAAAGAAAUUUAUUCCUUUAAUUAGAGGUGAGAUUGAUAUUAAGGAAGCUAUUGGAAAAAUAUAG